AUGGCACUCGCUCUCCUAACCACGGCCAGGCGACUGAGAAGGUACUUCCAGUCUCAUAGCAUCGUUGUCCGCACAGAUCAACCGAUCAGGCAAGUCCUCCAUAAACCGGAUCUAGCCGGUCGAAUGGUGGGUUGGUCGAUCGAACUUUCCGAGCAUGACAUUCGAUAUGAGCCCAGACGGGCGAUCAAGGCGCAAGUCCUAGCAGAUUUCCUGGUGGAACUCACGAGCGAAGAAGACCCACCGGCGGAAAUCUCCUGGGUCGUCCACGUGGAUGGCUCGAGCAACAAAGAGGGGGGCGGCGCCGGGAUCGUCCUACAAAGCAACUCAGGGAUGAUCGUAGAACAGUCGCUACGCUUUAAUUUCCCGGCCACUAACAACCAAGCUGAGUAUGAAGCUUGCAUCGCCGGUCUGGUGACAACGAGGGAUCUGGGGGCGCAGGACAUACUUGUCUGCUGCGACUCCUUACAAGUGGUCUCACAGGCUAACGGAGAAGCGCAGGCUAAGGACCCAAUUCUGGAGCAAUACCUCUCCCACCUGAAGCGGCUGGCCGCCACCUUCCGUAAGGUAGAGUUCCGCCACGUCCCAAGAGCUGAAAACGACCGAGUAGACACCCUAGCGAAGCUGGCUAGCACCGAGAAGCCCGGGCUGAACAGGACAGUCAUUCAGGGCACACUGGCCCUCCCGUACGUCGCAGGCCCCGACUGUCCUACUGGAGUCCAUACCUUGAGCAUUGGCACAGACGACGAUUGGAGGACCCCUAUUGUUAAGAACCUCACAACGGGCUGGCUACCACCCGACAAGUCGGAAGCCAAAAAGCUGACUAGAGGCGUUUCCUGGUACACCAUGGUGAACGAAGACCUCUUUAAGAGAGGAUUUUCCACUCCUCUCCUUAAGUGCUUAUCAAAGGAACGUGCAGAGUAUGUGCUCGCCGAAAUCCAUGAGGGCAGCUGUGGCCACCACCCCGGCGGGCGUUCUCUGGCAAGAAAGGUCCUCCGGGCCGGCUACUACUGGCCCACCCUGGAGAAAGACGCUGCUGACCACGUUAAGCGAUGUGACCCAUGCCAGAAACAUGCCGACCACCGCUUAGCCCCGCCGGAACGACUCUCGACUAUGGUCUCCCCUUGGCCUUUCCACCAAUGGGGAAUGGACCUCUUGGGACCCUUUACAACCGUGCCAGGACAGCUGAAACACCUGGUCGUCGCGGUAGACUACUUCACCAAGUGGAUUGAAGCAGAACCCCUUGCAACUAUCGCUUCGGCCCGCAUAUAG